AAUUAGAAACAACUACCCCAUAUCUAAUGAUUUCCUGAAAAUAAAUAAUGUAUGCUGAAAUCAAAAGUCGAAGAAUGAAGAAGAGUGACUGAUCUUAAAUCUAAAUCUACCGAUCAGCAUUGGCAAAUAAAUUAAGAGUACCUCAACCGCUAAUUGAGGAAACAAUGAGGCUUUCUUACAGCCAAAUCCCUGCUAGUAGUCAAGAUAUAGGCCUAUUAGUAAAUUCGGCUUUUACAAUAAAGUUCCCUGAGAAUUUUCUGAACGAACGUCACAUGACAGGAAAUUUGGUAGCAGCCAGAAAUUCUCGUAAUAUGCAAACGUUACACGAUAUCACCAAAAACUGCAAAAAAUAUUCCUCUUUCGAAGAGACUCCAACUUCUGACAGAAAGGAGAAAGAGGCAACUGAGGAGGACUGUGGGGUAAAUUCUACUCAGGAUGCUCAAGAAAGUAUCCGCAAGAGCCCUUCAGCACCCCGAUCGAGAAAAGAAGCUCCUCUUUUGGAGAAACUUAAGGCCCAUCCUUGUAAGACAGAGCAUGUGUAUAACCACAAAACUAAGAGGAUGAACAAGUUAAUCACCUGUCUUUAUGAAGGCUGUGGAAGGAAGUUUACCAAAACUUGGAAUAUUCUGGACCACUUCAAGACACAUACAGGUGAUAAGCCUUUCAAAUGCAUUACAUGCCAGAAGUCCUUCACACAGAAAGGAAAUCUUCUGAAGCACAGGAAAUUGCAUUCAUAUUGCUCUAAAUCCAAUUAAUAAUUUUGUAAAACAUUUUUAAAGU